UGAUUUUGAAGCUUGGAUUUGUUUGAUUGAUCAGGAAUAAGUAUGAUUAGUUUGAAUUGUGGGCGGAGCCGCUCAUCACUCAGAACCAAGAACCCUAAAACCAGACGAGUUCUGAUGAUCAGUCAUAGAAACUAGAACUCAGAGUUUUUAUUUUGCAUCAAGUAAUUUCAGCAGGACAUGAAGUUAAUUUGAAAACUGAGACUGUUUUCAGUUCAGUCAUGUCAGAUUGAUCAGACUGAUCAGGAUCAGGUGUGUUUGUGUUCAGCUGGAGACUUCAGAGAAACGUUUCAUCAGUCAGAAGACAGUUUAACAGAAAGUCGCCGUGUUUCACAGAAGCUGGAGAGUAAAAUCACCCCAGUGGAUUCCUGCAGAGGUCGGAGGUCACACAAACUUUCCCCUCGGGUUUUCUCUGGCUGAACCUGCUGUGGGUUUAUGUUAAUGAGGCUGUCUCUGCUGGCUCCUCAUUGGCUGCUGCGGUCAGAGGGGGCAGUCCCCCCACUGGGGGGUGUGAGACAACUCCGAUCAGGUUUGAGUCAGACUGACAGCGAGGCUGAGAGAGACAGGAAGUCCAGUGACGAACCAGAAACCACCAGAAAGACAGAAAGACGAGUGAAGAGGAAGAUGACUGAGGCUCAGUUCAUCAACACCUACGACAGCGACCUGCAGAUGAAUCUGAUGCAGUAUGACUACAUUCCUCCAGUGGACAUAAAGAUGGAACCCUACAUACCUGAGACAGCUCACGGCCCGUACAUUCAGAUCAUCGAGGAGCCCAAACAGAGGGGCUUUCGUUUCCGUUAUGAGUGUGAGGGUCCGUCCCACGGCGGGCUCCCCGGGGCCUCCAGCGAGAAGAACCGGAGGACGUACCCGACAGUGAAGAUCAAUAACUACGUGGGUCACGCCCGGGUGGAGGUCCAGCUGGUGACGCACUCCGACCCUCCUCGUGUUCACGCUCACAGUCUGGUCGGACGUCACUGCACCGAAAACGGAACCUGCACGCUCGACAUCGGACCCAACGACCUCACCGCCUCCUUCAGUAACCUGGGGAUCCUCCACGUCACCAAGAAAGGUGUGGUGGAGGUGCUGAGCCGGCGGCUGAGGGAGGAGAGGAAGAGGCAGAAAGGAGCUCACUACCACCUGACAGAUUCAGAGGAAAGCUCCAUCCUGAAGGAGGCCAAGGAGCUGGGCAAGGUGAUGGACCUGAACAUCGUCCGCUUAAAGUUCACCGCCUUCCUGCAGGACAGCAACGGAGGAUUCACCAGAGCGCUCAAACCCGUCGUCUCCAACCCGAUCUACGACAGCAAGUCGCCGAACGCCUCCAACCUGAAGAUCUCUCGGAUGGACAAGACGUGUGGCUCGGUGCUCGGAGGAGACGAGAUCUUCCUGCUCUGUGACAAAGUCCAGAAAGACGACAUCGAGAUCAGGUUCUAUGAGGAGGACGAUGAAGGAGGCUGGGAGGCGUUCGGAGACUUUUCACCAACUGACGUUCACAAACAGUACGCCAUUGUGUUCAAAACGCCGCCCUAUCACAGCGCAGAGAUCGAGCGGCCCGUCACCGUCUUCCUGCAGCUGAAGAGGAAAAAGGCGGGCGACAGCAGCGACCCCAAACAGUUCACCUACAUCCCGCAGGUCCAAGACAAAGAGGAGGUGUUGAGGAAGAAGCAGAAGCCGCUGCCUCACUAUGAACCCUGGAGAGGAGGAGGAGGAGGAGGAAGAGGAGGAGGAGCCGGGGGAUUUGGAGGAGCAGCAGGAGGUGGAGGAGGAGGAUUCCAGUUCAACCAGCAGAUGAACGGAGGAGGAGGAGGAGGAGCAGGAGGAGGAGGAGUUUUCUUCACGGGAGGUUUCACAGGGUUCGGGGGAGGGGCUCAGAUGUCAGGCUCCGCCCCUCAGUCAGGGGUUACCCAGCAACAGCCGGGGGGACAGACGGGCUCGCCACUACAACAGCAGCUGUUCCACCUCGCCGCCACCCUCCACAGUAAAGCCUCGCAGAGCGCCCGGCAGACCGCCGCCGCCCUGCUGCAGUACUGCAGCACUGGAGACACCAGAGUCCUCCUGGCAAUCCAGAGACACCUGUGUGGCGUCCAGGACGGAAACGGAGACACUCCUUUGCACCUGGCCAUCAUCCACCAGCAGACAGGUGUGAUCCAGCAGCUGAUCCACACUCUGCUCAACAGCCAGCAGCAAAACAUCCUCAACACAGCCAACCACCUCCGACAGACUCCGCUCCACCUGGCUGUGAUCACCCGGCAGGUGAAGGUGGUGGAGUUGCUGCUGAGGGCGGGGGCCGACCCCAGCCUGCUGGACAAAGAUGGCCGCAGUCCCAUCCACCUGGCAGCACUGGCUGGAGAUAACACCUCACUCCGCCCCCUGCUAGCUCACCUGGGAGAACGCCACGCCCACCUGGUCAACACGCCUGACUACCACGGUCUCCACCCGCUCCACCUGGCCGUGAGGAGGGACGGCGAGCGCUGCCUCCGUCUGCUGGUGGAGGGCGGAGCCAAAAUCAAUGCACCAGAGCAGAAGAGUGGAAACACGGCGCUGCACCUGGCUGUCAGGGAAAACCUGUUCAAGGUGGCGUGCACGCUCAUCACAGAGCUGAAGGCGGACGUGAACGCGUGCACGUUUGGAGGAAACACUCCGCUGCACCUGGCUGCCAGUCUGGGCUCACCGACGCUCUGCUCCAUGCUCGUCGCUGCAGGUGCUGAUAAGAACGUGGAGAACGACGAGCCGCUUUUCUUCAGCUCCUCUUCAGACGAGGAGCAGGACGAAGACGAACCAAUCAGAGAGGAGGGCCCCUCACAGCCAAUCAACCCUCGCAAAAGACCUGCAGGAGGACACACCCCCCUGGACCUCGCCAAGUGCCAAAAGGUGAGGAACCUGUUAAACUCCAGACAGAGUCCAAAGUCGAGUCGUCACAGCAGCAAGAAGAUGAAGCCGAGCAGCUCAGAAGAGGUGGAGGCCUCGGGGCUGGACGAGGACACUCUGUCCCGGCUGGUGGAGGUGUUGAGCGUUGGAGACGUUCCCUGGAAGAAACUGGCAGAGAAGCUGGGAAUGAUGACGCUGACUCACCUGUACCUGGACAGUCCGACGCCGUGCCAACAGCUGCUGCAGCACUACAAGCUGGGCGGAGGCCCGGUCCAGGGUCUGGUUGAAGCUCUUCAGUCUCUCGGUCUGACAGAAGGAGUCCGACUGCUGAGACACACCGAGCUACAAGACGACAAGCACAGCACAGACACCACGGUGGACAGCGGCUUCGGCAGUCAGCCAAUGGAGGAUGAGGAGCCGCCUGUGGCCAAUCAGUGACGAGCAGGAUAUGAAAUCACCUGAGUGUCUCGAGGAGCGGAGCGAUCCUGCAGGAAGCAGAACCGGACUGAAUGGACAGGCGAGUCUGAUGUUCACCUGCAGGGAGACCGGGCUGCGUUCAAGACCCACACAGACCGUCUGGUUCCAUCAACACGUCAGCAAAGUUGAAAAAACUGAAUUUACAGAUAUUUUUCUGUGUUUGUGUGCGGUUUGGAACGCAGCACGUCUCACCUGUGACAUCAUCAGAGCAGACAUGAGUUCAGGUGUUACUCACCUGUGUCUAUAAAAACUUUAAUGGAGAUGUGUACGGAAGCCCGCUGGUGCCAAGAAGAGAAAACCUUGUGAAUGACAUAAAUAAAGAAUACUGUAAGUAACAGUUGUGAUGUGUUCAGAUUGUGAAGAAGAAACGAGACAGUUUCAACUCAAAGUCAAUAAAUAUAAAUUUAAAUAUGUUAGAUUCAGUCCAGCUAAAAUCGUUUUCUUAAAAAUCAUUUUUCUUUAAGACAUAAACCAGUUAGAGAAAUAAAUAUUCUGGUUAAUUUGGUUCAAUUUUUCUAAAAUUUAAAUUAGGUCAAAAAUACAAAAUGUAAAAGGAAAACUUGAAUUUAAGUCACAGCAGAAAACAGAUUAAUGAUUUAAUUGUUUUUAAUUAAAUACAUUUAAAUGGUCUCUGAGUUAACUGGAUCAGAACCAUGAGCGGGUUGUUCAGGUGUGUCGAGUGUUGAUCAGGAUUCGUCUUCUGUCCGUUACUGUGUGUCUGUGGAGGCUGUGUGUGUUUUUACUAAUACUGUGUAUUCUUCUAGUUUCUCUUCUUAACAGCCUGAAAAUUAUUUAAUCAGCGUUUCACGACAAACGCUGCUGUUUCUGAACACUUUAAUAAAAAUGACUCUCAGACUUCAA